CCUUUGGCUCUAGGUGCAUAAAGCAUGUCUGGCUCCGGGCGAAAAGACUUCGAUGUGAAGCACAUCCUGCGACUCCGCUGGAAACUCUUCAGCCAUCCCUCGCCGGCCUCUGGUGGUAGCUCAGCUGGGGGCAGCUGCCUGCAACCGGACAGUGGAGGCAGCUUUGAGCACUGGGGACCUAGCCAGAGUCGGUUGCUCAAAAACCAGGAAAAGGGCAGUGUGAGCGCUUUCUGGAAGAAACCUUCCUCCUCUUCAUCAUCAUCCUCAUCGUCCUCUUCAUCCUCUCCCUUCAAUCCCCUGAAUGGAACGUUGCUACCAGUUGCCACCAGGCUGCAGCAAGGGGCUCCUGGGCAGGGCACCCAGCAGCCCGGCAGGACUCUUUUCUACGUGGAGUCCCUAGAAGAGGAGGUAGUGACAGGCAUGGACUUUCCUGGACCACAGGACAAAGGAUUGGCCCUGAAAGAGCUCCAAGCGGAGCCUGCCAGCUCCAUCCAGGCAACAGGUGAAGGAUGUGGACACAGGUUGACAGCGACCAGUCAUUCACUGACACCCCAAAGUGAUUUGGACUCCAAUAGUUCUGAAGAAUUCUAUCAAGCUGUUCAUCAUGCUGAGCAAUCAUUUAGAAAGAUGGAGAAUUACUUAAAGCAACAGCAGCUCUGUGAUGUCAUCCUGAUUGUUGGAAAUCGAAAGAUACCUGCUCAUAGGCUUGUUCUGAGUUCUGUCUCUGACUAUUUCGCUGCCAUGUUUACAAGUGAUGUUUGUGAAGCCAAGCAAGAAGAGAUCAAGAUGGAAGGCAUAGACCCAAAUGCACUCUGGGAUCUUGUUCAAUUUGCAUAUACAGGUUGCUUGGAACUGAAAGAAGACACUAUUGAAAACCUUCUUGCAGCCGCGUGCCUUCUUCAGCUUCCUCAAGUAGUAGAAGUAUGUUGUCACUUCCUCAUGAAACUUCUGCAUCCAUCAAACUGUUUAGGAAUCCGAGCAUUUGCAGAUGCUCAAGGAUGCAUUGAAUUAAUGAAAGUGGCCCAUAGCUACACCAUGGAAAACAUAAUGGAAGUAAUCAGAAAUCAAGAGUUUUUACUCCUUCCAGCUGAAGAGCUCCAUAAACUACUGGCCAGUGAUGAUGUAAAUGUCCCUGAUGAAGAGACCAUCUUCCAUGCAUUAAUGAUGUGGGUCAAGUAUGAUAUGCAGCGGAGAUGUAGUGACUUAAGCAUGCUGCUUGCCUUCAUAAGAUUACCACUUCUUCCACCACAGAUACUUGCUGACCUUGAAAAUCAUGCAUUAUUCAAGAAUGAUUUAGAAUGCCAAAAACUGAUUCUAGAAGCAAUGAAAUACCAUCUAUUGCCUGAAAGAAGAACUUUAAUGCAAAGCCCAAGAACUAAGCCCAGAAAAUCUACAGUUGGAACCCUAUAUGCAGUGGGAGGAAUGGACAAUAACAAAGGAGCUACGACCAUAGAGAAGUAUGACCUCAGAACAAAUCUCUGGAUCCAAGCAGGAAUGAUGAAUGGCAGGAGACUUCAGUUUGGUGUAGCUGUUAUUGAUGACAAGCUCUUUGUCAUUGGAGGUCGAGAUGGCUUAAAGACAUUGAACACUGUUGAAUGUUAUAAUCCCAAAACAAAGACAUGGACUGUUUUGCCACCAAUGUCCACACAUAGGCAUGGUCUAGGAGUAACUGUGCUUGAAGGGCCUAUUUAUGCAGUGGGAGGCCAUGAUGGCUGGAGCUAUCUGAACACGGUGGAGAGGUGGGACCCACAGAGCCAGCAGUGGACAUAUGUAGCCAGCAUGUCCAUUGCUCGGAGCACUGUUGGAGUAGCAGCACUGAAUGGCAAGUUGUAUUCUGUUGGGGGUAGAGAUGGAAGUUCAUGUUUGAGUUCAAUGGAAUAUUAUGAUCCUCACACAAAUAAGUGGAGCAUGUGUGCACCAAUGUGUAAGAGGAGAGGGGGUGUUGGAGUGGCCACAUGUGAUGGUUUCCUUUAUGCAGUGGGUGGCCAUGAUGCUCCUGCUUCAAAUCACUGCUCACGGCUGCUGGAUUAUGUGGAAAGGUAUGAUCCAAAAACAGACACUUGGACCAUGGUGGCUCCCUUGAGUAUGCCUAGAGAUGCUGUUGGUGUAUGUCUCCUUGGUGAUAGACUAUAUGCUGUUGGUGGCUAUGAUGGGCAAACAUACCUCAACACCAUGGAAUCCUAUGAUCCACAGGCUAAUGAGUGGACACAGCUAGAAAUCUAA